AUGGAGAGUUGUGCAAGCAUGGAUGUGCUCGUGCCCAGUUUCAUAAAUGCACUGAACGGAUCCAGCGUCAAAAUCCCCUGCACAUUCACAUCCUGCUACAAGAUGGAUUUGAACACGUUUAUCAUGAACUGGACCUACCAAGAAACAUACAACGACACAAAGGAAAUGUUCAUGAUCUUCUCUAGGAGGAAAGAAAUGGUGACUCUCAGGACAGACCGGUUCGGAGAGAGGGUCAUGUUUGCUGGGAACCUGGAGAAGAACGAUCUGUCCAUCACACUGUCAGAUAUCCAGGUUGAGGAUAUGGGGAUUUACAACUGCUAUGUGAUGAAUUUCCCAGACCGCACCGAGGGAUAUGGUUCCAUACAACUUAAUGUGGUCACUGAACUUCCCCCGCCAAGGGACUCCACCAUUGCAGUAGCUAUCGGGGCAUCGGUGGGCGGAGCCUUGGCUCUGCUGAUCCUCUCCAUGGUCGUGUUGAAAUGCCUCCGUCGACACCAGAAACAGGAACUGAUUCCGGAGGAAAAGAUGGAGGAGGAGGGUAAACUGGACCCUGAGGGUGUUGCAGAGGAGGGAACCAAACAACAAUAGCUGGGUCACCUGCUUGAACCCACAGACUGUGGAGCUCUGAUCCCCAACACCUCCUAAGACCAUCAUCCUGAAGAUCUAUAGUAACCACUGCUUGAAUCACUGUCCACUGAUGCUCCCCUGCCCCCUGCAGGGCUCCAGACUAAUCUUUCUCCGCCUAACUUUUUCAUUUAAGUGCACCAGCACAUCAUUUAGGUGCACCCAAUAUGUAUCACUGUGCCCCUUGGCAACGCAAUAAUACACCGAUUAGACCAUUUCUUUGAUUUGUUCAAAUAUCGAUUCAGUUCAGGAUAUUUCACUGUACAAUACCAAGUUUGCCUAGAUAUGAAAUCAAUUCUCAGAGAACUAAAGCUGUAAACUGAACAAGGAAACCCCUAACUUGCUGCAUUAUUAAAAAUAUUAAGGUAGGCCUGUCACAAUAACACAUUUUGUUGGAUGAUACUUGGUCCUAGAAAUUAUUGGAAUAAAUGAUAUUAUUAUCAUCAUCAUCGUGAAACCAUUUUAAACCACUGCUAUAAUGAUAACUUAAUUCAAAUGAGUCUGACAUUUGAAUUAAAUUUAAAAAUAAAUAUUGAUAUUGAAAAUAUCCGAAAUAAAUAGAGUAUAAACCACACACAACCAAAACAAUACAUAAAAUGGACUCUCUUGCUCGGUUAAUUUUUUUUUAAUCUUGAUUAAAUAUUAAACAUUUGGCUCAGGAUAUAUGUUACCGGCUCAGCAAACAGGAAGGGAUGGUUAUAAUCUGGA